AUGUCACCUGUCGUUGGGCGAAUGGGCCGCUUCCUCCUUUUGGAUCCAUUGGUCGGUUGCGGACGGAGUCCGGGCCACUCAACUGUCGGGAGGGGACCCGUCGUCAGGUUUGUGACCUGAAAGGUGUCGACCAGAAUCUUGAACUUCAUUGGGAAUCAUAGUUCAAAUGAGUUACAGGAUGUUUCACUUCAGAGUACUGCCUGCCAUGGCAGUUCUUGGCAACUUCUCCAGACAAUACUACAGGGCAGUAGCUCCAAACAAGUGUCGGCGCAAACUGAUGAUGGUAACAUUUGCUGGAGUCACAACUGUUUCGGUGACAGCAAAUUUGUUGUGGAAAAGAGCACAUGCAGAAAGUGCUAACUCAGUGAAACGCACACCCAGAGAUGACUGUUUCGGAGCUAAGGAGGAACAAGGUGAUGAAAAAGCUGUCAAGUCACAAGAAGAGGAGGGACAGGCAGAAAAGAAAAAGAAGCGGAGGGGCUUUAGAGAUCGGAAGGUCAUGGAAUAUGAGAACCGAAUUCGUGCUUACUCCACUCCAGACAAAAUCUUCAGAUACUUUGCCACAUUGAAGAUUAUCAAUGAGAAUGGAGAUUCCGAAGUGUUCAUGACACCCCAAGAUUUUGUGCGGUCGAUCACACCAAAUGAAAAGCAACCAGAGAAUCAGGGUUUGGACCAAUUCAUAGUGAAACGAUAUGAUGGAAAGAUGUGUUGCAGUCUUCGUAUGGCUGUUAUUUCUCUGAAGAAGCUUGCCCAUGGACGGGAGAAGUUUGCUGACGAGGACAGCAUAUUUUACACACUGGGCGAAUGCGGGCUGAUUUCCUUCUCUGAUUACAUUUUUCUCACUACUGUUCUGUCCACUCCACACAGGAAUUUUGAAAUUGCCUUUAAAAUGUUUGACCUGAAUGGUGAUGGCGAGGUUGAUCUGGAGGAGUUUGAACAGGUUCAAAGUAUUAUUCGAUCACAGACCAGUAUAGGCAUGCGUCACCGAGAUCGUUCAACAACUGGGAAUACACUGAAAUCAGGAGUUAGCUCAGCACUGACCACUUACUUCUUUGGUGCAGAUUUGAAGGGAAAGCUAACUAUUAAACAUUUCCUAGAGUUCCAGCGUAAACUGCAACAGGAUGUUCUCCGACUGGAGUUUGAUAGACAUGACCCGAUAAAUGGACGAAUCUCGGAGCGUCAGUUUGGCAGUAUGCUGUUGGCAUACAGUGGCGUUCAGUCUAAGAAACUUACAGCAAUGUUGAAAAGUAUCAAAAAGCAAUUCAAAAAUGCAGAGGGCAUAACCUUUGAGGAGGUGGAAAACUUCUUCACUUUUCUGAAGAACAUUAAUGAUGUGGACACUGCACUGAGCUUCUACCACAUGGCGGGAGCUUCAAUUGAUAAAGCAACCAUGAAGCAGGUGGCCAGGACAGUGGCACAUGUAGAACUUUCUGAUCACGUUUGUGAUGUUGUUUUUGCCUUGUUUGAUAGCGAUGGAAACGGGGAGCUGAGCAACAGGGAGUUCAUCUCCAUUAUGAAACAGCGACUGAUGCGUGGUCUGGAGAAACCAAAGGACACUGGCUUCACACGGCUUAUGCGUGCAAUGUGGAAGUGUGCACAGGAAACUGCCUGGGACUUGCCCUAUCUAUCCAAGUAGCAAGAAACAGGAAUAGCUCAGUUACACAGGAGCACCUGUAGCACAAAUUGCUCUAAGAAUUGUCAAGAGGACUGAAAUAGGAUGCCUUAACUCAUGGAAUAUAAAGAUACAGGUUUUAUUUCCAAUUAUGCUCUGGCUUUUUUAAAACGUGGGACUUUUUGCAUGUCAGAUCCAAUGGCAGGAUUCAAUGGAGAAACCUACUCUGUAUCAAUAGAAAGCAGAGGUUUCUUAUUAAUCCAGUUGGUUUGUCUCUAUCUGUGAGAGACCAGUACUGGAGACAGGUAGCUUCUUCAUUCAUGUAUGCUUGAAUGCCAUGUGAAUUGCAAGUUUCUUUGAGAGAUUUCUCUGAUUCUUUGGAGUCGCUCUGAGUGGACUCAGAUAAACACUCAACAACUGCCUGUGUUGUAAGAGUGGCCACAAUGACUCUUGUAAGUUAUGUUUCAGUAUGAAGCCACCUUGUGUUGUUUGCAUUCUGUUCCCAACACCUACCCUGAGCCACAGUACUUGCUAGGUUCAAGGUGUUGUUGAAUACAGUACAAAUGGCUUCACCCUCACUAUGUAGGAUCGCAACUGACCCUGAAUUCUCCUAAAGGAACUCUACUAAUCUGACUUGUAACCUUAUGCUUUGGUCCCUGAUUAGGGCAUAUUUAUUAUAAGGGGUGGGGAGGUUGACCAACUUCCAUCCACAACUUCCAUAAUCAUCUGUAAUUUAAUGUAUUAAAACAUCUCCAACACUAUUGGCCACAAAACAGAACGGGAGAACUUUGAGAUCAAAAGAUUGAAAUUCUGCAGACCAGCUAGUAGCAAUGCAUUAUAACAACACCUCCCUCCAUACAGCAACACCAGCUCUCAUGAAUUGUUAGUCAUGGUGUAGGCUAGAAAUCAGUUCUCAAUCUGAAGCAGACUGACAUCUGAGAGAAGCUGUGAGCCUGGUAUUGCAUGUCAUUUAGUGCAUAUUCAAUACUGGAAUGUAGUGUACACUGAGACAGUGUUUCACCCAAACCAGUGCUCACUAGAUUUCUGCUAACUCUGCAUCUCAUCCAGUCACUGGGAACAUUUUGAUCUAUAGUUUCAAUGGUGUCAAAUAUCACAAUGUUAGAAUAGACAAACUUGCUCUUGAGAUUACAACAGCUUCCUCUCUAAACCAGUUCCUUGUGUUUUUUUUUCCUUGAGUGGCCUGUAUUUCAGAUCAGAUUUACUCUCUUCUAGGACAGCCUUCCCUUUAAGAUACUAAUGUUACAAAUAUGUUAUUAUAAUGUUUUAAAUCUACAGAUAAGAUUUGAAAUGGCACUUUUCCGUUUGUGUUUAAUGUACUUGGCAUUGCCUAAAGCCAUAAUCACUGUCUGUUUCUUCUCAGUUUCCAGAAAACAAAGGCUGGAAAUUCCAAUUCUAAUUCUAAUUCUGAUUUGAUACUUGUUAUGGAUUUGAGUAUUUCCCAUUACUGUUCAAGCACUGUCUUAAAUUUCCCACUGCUCCUGUUAUUUAAAUCUGCAUAAAUCACUAGCAGCAUCAAUGAGCAAACCUUUUCAUGGUUCUCCUCUGUCUGUUGUUUUACUGAAUGAGCAAACAAAGUGUUCAGUCCCAAUGUUCAGUAUCUUUUAGAUUUGCCCUUGGACUUGGAAUGAGUCAUUUUCAGUCAGUUCUUUAGUAAAUAUGAAUGUAAAAAGCAAAGCAAAGCCUGAAAUAAAUGUUUUCCCAGA